AUGGCGUCGAUGUCGAGUCUUCCUCCCGAAAUGCUGGGCGAAAUUGCCGCAUGCUUCCAGAAUGACACCUCAAUUGGCGAAAACAAGGACCGGAUAGCCGACCAGAACACGCUCGCAAUCCUUUCCAGAGCAUCGAAGUCAUUUCAGUCUGUAGCCCAGCCUCUCCUACAUCGAAAGAUUUACCUCGCUGUCUGGGAUCCAGUCGGCGUCAGCAUUUUGUCACUGAUCAAAGUUCUGCACCAUCGGGAGGACCUCCGCUCCAGAGUGGGCCAAGUCCAUAUACACUUUGAAAGGGCCUUUUCUUGCCGCUUGAAACGCACCAUGGAUGAUAUCCGCAACCUCGGCCCUUUCGCUCGAACCAUCGGCCGGCCAAACCUCGGCACCGCACUGGAAGAAUGUAAAAACAGUUCUCGCUUGUACGAUACGGUGUUAUCCUCGCUACUCUUCCAUCAGCUCCAAGGUGUAUCUCAAGUAAUGAUCACUGGGCUAGAUGGCCCCGACUUGAAAUACGGCUAUGAAGAGUUUGACCAGAUUGACAAUGCUUGGUCGGUCUUGCCAGCUCUUUUAAUCUCACCAUCUGAGACACCGGAGGCUUUGCUUCAAAAUUUGAUUUUUCUUCGUUUGGGCGCCCACAUAGGUACGACUAUGGAUCUCUCACAUUUCCACUUGCUCGCUUGUCUGGCACUCAACCUUGAGAAUUUUGAAGGGUUCAGAUUUGAAAGCCUCCCGGCAGAGGCAUUCAACGCUUUCAAAAAGCUCAAGCACCUGACUCUUUGGGAAGCACCUCUCGUGGAUGAUGUUUCUUCAAAUCAGCAAGGGAAUUUCGAGAUUCCGCCUGGUCUUCAUUCUUUUGACUACUUCGUGCGUUCUUCCUGGUUCUCAGAUGAACUGAACAUAUCCCCUAUAAAGGUCCGACGGGCGCUUGUGCGACAUUCAGAUACUCUGUUUACAUUUACGUUUGGUUCCACCUGGAAAGUGGAAUAGAGGAGGACGGAUGGUUCGAUACUUUCGGGAUGUUCAAAAGACUUGAAUACCUUUCGGUGGGUCC